GUGAUAAGUAUUCAUAAUUGUGAGCGAUCGUUCUGUGAAUACGCGCAUGUACUUUUUUAUUUUGUGUCAACUCUGGAACAUGACAGAAUUUAAAAAUUUAAUUUGUACAUCAUCACUUAAUAACUAGGACAAUUAUGGUGGAUUAUUGGGAGUCGUACACUGGUUCAUGAAGUGAUAUUUAAUGGCUCAGAUAUGUGAUAUGGCUCAGGCUUCUGCUUGGUUACCUCUCGUUAGAGCCUCAGCGAUUGGAUGGGUACCGAUCGCUCAACAUCGUCUUCCGAAAAAUGUGUGCACAAAGGAUGAUUCAAAUCAAGAUAUUUAUGAGAAGAAGGCAAUUAUUAAUGUAAGCGGUCAGAGAUUUGAAGUACUUACAAGCAGUUUGAAUCAGUAUCCGCAUACUUUGCUUGGAUCAGAUGAGCGUGAUUACUUUUAUGAUGAGAAUAGUGGCGAAUAUUACUUUGAUAGAGACCCUGAAAUAUUUCGACAUAUAUUGACUUAUUAUCGUUGCGGGCACCUCCAUUAUCCUAAGAAAGAAUGUGUCAUGCAGUAUGAAGAUGAACUUGCCUACUUUCGAAUAGCAUCAGAAGCUCUAGGUGAUUGCUGCUACGAAGAUUACCAUGACAGUAAACGUGAAAAUUCAGAGCGUCUUCUGGAGGAAAGAUCCUCAACCAAAGAGAAUGCUGAAGUACCAAAGGAUUUUCGUAACAGACUUUGGCAGGCCUUCGAAAACCCAGAGUUUUCUACUACUGCAAUCGUCAUUUACUACGUAACCGGCUUUUUUAUUGCUGUUUCCGUGUUUGCCAAUAUUACGGAGACUAUACCUUGUGGGCCAGAACCUGGACUAAGUAAACAACGGGCUUGUGGCGACCGGUACAUAGAUGCUUUUUCAUGCCUCGACACAGCAUGUGUAGUCAUAUUCACUGUAGAAUACUGCGCAAGAAUGUAUGCUGCGCCAAAUAGAUGGAAGUUUUUUAUAUCUGUGAUGAGUAUAAUAGAUGUCGUUGCAAUAUUACCUUUUUAUAUUGGCUUAUUGAUGCCAGACAACAAAAGCGUUUCUGGUGUAUUUACAACGUUACGAGUAUUUCGAGUAUUUCGAGUGUUCAAAUUUUCUCGUCACAGUGUUGGUUUACGAAUACUCGGCUACACUUUGAAGUCAUGUGCAUCAGAACUGGGCUUUCUUCUAUUUAGUCUAACAAUGGUUAUUAUUAUUUUUGCUACUGUUAUGUAUUAUGCUGAAAAAUCGGUUGAAGGGACCACUUUUUCCAGUAUUCCAUCAUCAUUUUGGUAUACUAUCGUCACUAUGACUACACUUGGUUAUGGAGAUAUGGUUCCAGAGACAAUAGUUGGAAAAAUUGUUGGUGGUAUGUGUUCACUUUCUGGAGUGCUUGUAAUUGCUUUACCUGUUCCCGUUAUUGUAUCAAACUUCUCUCGUAUUUAUAAUCAAAGUCAAAGAUCUGAUAAAAGACAGGCACAAAAACGUGCCAGACAGGCAAGAAUAAGAUUAGCUCAACUCAUGGCAACUGUUAAUGCUUGUGCAGAAAAAUCCGGAAGUCCAGAGCCGUCAGUUGAUGAAGAUUACGAUUGUGAUAAUGAAACAAAGAAAUCCGCCUAUUUCGAAGUCAAAACAACCACAUCAUACUCAUCUACUUUACCCGCGUCAAUAAUAAAUGCUAAUCAGUCAACAGGUAAAGAUCAAAGUUAUGAUACAUCAAGAAAUUCAACAGGCAGUGAUCUAACAAUCAGUCAUCAUUCAAAUUUAACUCGAAGUGGCUCAUUAACCUUAUUAAAAAACAAAAAAAAGAACCUUGUUAAUGAAUCAUGCGUUAAAACAGAUUAUUCAGAAUUAGAUAAUAUGAAUCAAAAGUUUGAACAUAAUCUUUCAACAUUUAAUCAAUUAGUCUCUGGAGUAGCGAAAGAUACUUCUCCUGGUUCAGGUCAUAUAAUUGUCAAGAAAGACAAACUAUAUGAAACAAAUAAUUUAUCAGGGAGGAAUAACCAUCAUUUAGUAAAACAAACGCACGGUAAAGUCUUGCAUUCUUCUAGUCUCAAAUUAAGCAAUAAACGCAAGAUAGUAGAUCGUACAUUAUCUCUUAAUGAUGGACGUCAAAGUCAACAAAGAACAGAUCAAAGAAUAACUGUUGAAGACAAGAAUAACAAACCGUCAUUCCUACCUAUAUAUAUUCACCCAGCUAGCCAGAGCAGUUUCUCAGAUUCAAGCAUGGAUAAACGAAAACACUCAAAUGAGCAGCAGAAACAUACAACAAAAAGCCAAAAAAACAAUAAAUGUAAGAGUUCUCACAAAGCCAAACUAACAUUUGAAGAUCUCAUACUGUUACAGCAAAAGCAUUUAAUGGAUUGUUUGAAUGUGGUGACGGCGAGAGCAACAAUCAAUGAACAAAGAGAAUCAAACAGUCAUUUACAUGUCAAUAAUCCUUUAAUUAGUGCACUGGAACAUGGAAACUUUAAGCAUCAUAGACGUCUAACAAGUGAAUCUAUUUCAAAAAUCUCUCGUUUAUUGAGGGUGAGACAGUCUAUAUCAAAAGAUUUAUAUGAAAGUAGAAGAUCUACAAGUAAUCUUAAAGACUGUGAUAAUACCAAAAAUAAUAAUGCUGGGGUUGGAUGUAGUGACCAUAUGUCAAAUGUUGAUAAAAUAACUGAAAGCCAAUCUGCCGUUCAUCGUCGUGAGUCUAAUCCUUUUCGUCAUUUGCAAGUCUUCCGUCUACAUGGUUCACGGAGUCAGCAUGCAUCAGAUCGUCGAUGUUCAGCAAUCCAUUUAACGACAUUUUCUAAACGAAAAUUAAAUCUUCAUAAAUUCAAACAUAACCAUGGUUAUCGUAAUUUUUAUAAAAAAAUAAACUGUUCCACAAAUUCUGAAACUGAUGAUAAUCAUAAUAAUAAAAUAAUAGUGAAUAUGAAAGUCGUAAGUUCUUCACAAAUACCAGACAAAGCUGACAUAAUGGACAUAGAUGCGCAUUCUCAUAAUGAUAAUUCUACUGUAGAUAACUCAGUCUAUCCUUCCUAUAGUGAAACAAAACCGUUGUUAGAUAAUUCAAGGUUAACUUAUAGUGAUGAACUUGGCCUGAGCGAUUUGGUAAACGAAAAAUCGUUUCUCACAAGGGAUCCAGGUUUCGCAUCAAGUCCCACUUGGCCGUCUUUUAGAUUUCCAUCAAAUUCGUUCCAAUCCAAAUCCAACUUCAAUUUUACUGAUAAGUCAUCCAAUAAUUAUGGGAAGUCACUUAAUCCGUUUGACAGUGAUAGUUGGUCUAAUGAGCAUAAUCUAGUUAAUACAGCUGCCAUACCUAAAUCGUCCUUCAGUGCUGCGGUUUAUCCGGACUCUGUGAUAUUUUGUACAAGUUUCAAUACAAAAGCAAAUGUUUCAUCUCAGUCAUCAUUUGUGCAAUCCAACCCAAUGUGUUCGUCGUUGGAAGAUGAAAAUUUAACCGAGUUUGCUAGUGCACAGUCACAUAUUUCAAUCACAUCAACAUCACAUCCGAACAGUUCAUCAAAUAAUACCACCAAUAAUUUUAUCAAUAAAAUAAUUACCCACUCUCAAAACUGUCCAAAAUUAUCGUUUCCUACUGAUAAAAGUUUGUAUAAAAGUCAUAUUAGUUAUGCAAAAUUAAGUCCCAGACUUUCAUAUUCAUUUCCCCAUGAAUUAUAUCGCAAUGUUUCUCCAGAUUUGAUAAAACAAUGUGACAAUCAACUUAAAAAUUCUCCCUCAAAACUCGUUAAAUCGAAUACUGAGAAUUUGACUGAUAUACAUUCAAGUAAUGCUUCUGUAAAUUCCGAUCGUCCAGUAUCAUUAUCAUCAUUUAAACAGCAAAAGGAGUAAUUAAGUAUUUGGAAAAUCAUUACAGCUGAGUAGAAUUGAAGUAAAUUAUUCCACUAGCUUGGUGUUAUUAAAUAGAAAAUAUCCAUCGUUCACUAACUGGAUUGGUUGUGAAUUCACAUAAUGAGCAGAACUAAAUGAAAUAAUUCGUUUUACAAAAGUUUUGCAUUCCCAAUAAGAAGAAAUGGUGAUACAAUCAUAUACUGGUGUAUAAAUCCCCGUGAUAUCUGCUCCAAAUUACUGUGGUCGUAUAAAAUCUUUUAGAUAUCUGUAAUAUAUUAAACCGAGAAAUUCACCUUUAUACACUCACCAGUACGAAAACUGGCAGUAAUUAUAAAGAAAUAUUGUACCGAACUUAUUUACCCUUUUCAUUCUCCAACUACCUCAAUAGCGUUCGCAACGACUCAUAUAGUCAUAUACAUAGUUGCUUUCGUCUACAUCAGUCUUUCUAUUCAUGUUUUUAGAAAAUAAUAUUUCACAAUAAUUCACUCAGAUGGGAAUGGUAACAAAUCAUUGUCUGUAUUACAACACAUUCAUUCCAAUGCAUAUUAUAUCUGAUUAGAACAUGAAUUUCUUUAACACAUACACAGUUAUUUGUGUUGUAACGGACGGUGUCCGAUAAUGAUACUACUCGCUAACCCCCAACUGAUUACUUAAAUAAGAAGACGAGAGUAAGUGAGAAAGUGUACUGGACUAUCGAAUAAAAAUGCAUAAAUACUCAUUUAUAUAAAUACUACUCUAUCUUUAGGAAAUUGACAUACUAACCCCAAUGAAAUGCACUUGACCUUUAGGUCACUUCUGAUUGACAUCGAUUGACCGUUUAUUAAUUUAGAUUGGCUCUCCAUAUCAAUUUAUGUACAGAAAUAAUUUAAUUUUGAAUUUUAAUUGUAAACUAUUUUAUUAUUUCAAUGAUUAGGUGUUCUGCUGAAACUUUUUCUCUUCUCUUUGAUCAGUGUUUUUUUCUCUCUCUCUGUUUCUUAUCCAUGAAAACUAUAUAUAUAUAUAUACUUUUUAAAAAAAAGUAGUAUCUCUGUCAGUCGUACUAUUCUUUACAUUUUAGUUUACUGUUAAACAUUUAUUCCUUUAUUUCUUUCUUUUAUUUUUUUUGCAAUUUUAAUUUUGUUACAAAAUAAUGCAAAGUAAAAUAGAUACGACGAAAUUAUCGCAUAAUUCAUUAAACAUAAUUCAAGAUAUUUAGAUCAAUUAUCAAUUUUAAUUAGGAUACUAAUUAAAACUUGAUCAAUGAAUAUGAAUGAUAAAUGCAAAUGAAAAGAAAGUUAAAUUAUUGUUGUAUUAUAUUAUAUUUAAAAUAUGAUCUAUUAUGUAACAUAGAAGACUAAAUGAAUUUUAUUCGUCUGAAAUAUAUAAAAUUUUAAACAUUCUUUCAUGUUAAUUGUAAUGACCUACAAACAAAUAUUCAUGUAUAUAGAUAUUUCUAUUUGAGAUCUUCAUAAAUUCUUUCAUUCUUCUAUAUUCGUCUUUAUAUCGAUAAGUUACUAUCUUAUAAAUUAUUAUCUUUAUAUUUAAUAUAUUAGUCAAAUACUAAUAAAGAUGUAUCAUUCAAUAUUUUCACCUUAUAAUAACUGAUAUUUUACGGUUAAAUAUUGUUCAUUAAAAUAUGAAUCAAGUAUAAAUUCAUAUAAUUAUAAGAUAAAAGUAAUAAUAAUAUCUGUUACAUAUUGUAUAACAAAUCAGAUAAAUCUAUAAAAUGUACCAUCACCAUCACCAUUACUACUACUACUACCCCCUUAGAUAUUUUUUACAAUAAUCUAUAUAAAUGAAUAAAAGUUUAACAAUUCAGUCUUUCCUUCUUGUUUAAAUUCAUAUGAAAAUUUUGUUUCUAUCAUAAAUGAUAAAGAUAAAUUUAUUCAUUGAAUAUCAGUCAAUCAUAAUCAAUAUAGAUCUUGGUUUAGCUCAUAUUACCUUUCUAUAUUAUUAUACAUAUCAAUUGUGUGAUAUUUCAAUGUAAAUAUUUUUUUAUUUACUUCCAGU